AUGUCUGGCUCAUCAAAUCUCAUCGGUGCUGCAUGUGAAGCAUGCAGGGCGAUUUGGUCAUUAAUCGAUGCAUCUGAGAUUCAUUCAACUAAAGAGAAAGAAAAUCCAUUUCCAUUGAGAUCCAUCCGUUCACACUCGUUGGAUCGGAUUAAUAUUAAUGAAGAUGAAUCUAAACCGUUGAUUGGUGGGGAUUCUGAAAAGAUUGUGAAUGCAGUGACCCGGGCAUUUCUUGGAUCAAAAGCCGUUCAAGAGGCUGCAGCAUGGUCUUCUGUCGUGAGUGGAGGUGGCGAUAACACAAUAAUUUCAGAAAACUUUUCCAUAUUAUCACUUUGUGCUUCUUUCGACAGAGAUCAACAAACAGGAGACCAAAAUAAUCUGAAAAACAAAUUACCAAAUCCACAUACCUUAAUCUGCCAUUCAUGCCUCGUACUUUCCGCAGUCGCACAAUCCUUAAAAUCUUCCGGAGGAAAUUCAGCUCUAUUCAUGUUGACAUCAUCACCAAAAAAACAACGUUCUCGCCUCUCCGACCUCGCACGCCAUUUCUCUUUAUGUGAUCGAGUUCAAAAUUCAUUUCAGUCUCAUUCCAUGUCCGCCAUGCUGGCACUCGCAUCCAUUUUGUCCCUCGAAAUUUCUCCUUCUGUUGAAACAUCAAUUUCUGAAAUCGCUGUGCCUUUAAUUCCACUGAGUGCAACUCUUUGUGAUUACCUCAGGAUUUCAACACCAGAUGGGAAUGGAAUGAGAGGGAAGCUCUCGUAUUGGAAUGGAAUCAGAGAUGGUUGUGUCGGUCUGUUGGAAUCCAGACUACGUUGGGGUGGGCCUUUAGCGAUUCAACAGCUAUGCGCGAGUGGAAUCCCCCAAACUCUUGUUGAUUUAUUAGGAAAUGAUCAAUUAUCAAAUCGGGUUAUCUCCAGUUGGGAUUGUAUGGACGAUUGGACGGUAUCCUCAUUAUGCCAGUGUCUGCCAGGUGGCAAUUCCACGUUUCGACAGGUGUUGCUUAGAAAAGAGCAUGUGAAAGUUGUGUCUGAUUUGAUAUCGGUUGUUCAUCUGAAGGGUACUAAGGUGUUGGAGUGGACCUGGUGGAGGGCGGAAUGGAAUCAGGGAUACCGUGAACGCGCUGUAUCUGCUGCUGCUGCUUCGGUAGGAAUUCCAGGUCAAAUAAUUCAAUGUUUGGAACACAUGGAGUUAAAAGGCACUGCAAGAGCAGUUGCAUUUCUAGCCAAAAUGAGUCUUCAUAGAUCACUUGUUGUUCAAGUCCUUGAAAGAGGUCUCUUGGAUCCAAACAAAAUGAGAAGGCUGCUUGACUCUUCAUCACCACGGGAAGUUAUUCUAGAUAUUCUCAUGAUCAUUUCAGAGUUGGCUCGUAUGGAUAAGGUUUUUUAUGAGCACAUAGAUGGAGCAAAUAUAUUGGAUCUCUUAAAAGACUUUCUAACACACCAAGAUCCAAAUGUAGGAAUUCCAGGUCAAAUAAUUCAAUGUUUGGAACACAUGGAGUUAAAAGGCACUGCAAGAGCAGUUGCAUUUCUAGCCAAAAUGAGUCUUCAUAGAUCACUUGUUGUUCAAGUCCUUGAAAGAGGUCUCUUGGAUCCAAACAAAAUGAGAAGGCUGCUUGACUCUUCAUCACCACGGGAAGUUAUUCUAGAUAUUCUCAUGAUCAUUUCAGAGUUGGCUCGUAUGGAUAAGGUUUUUUAUGAGCACAUAGAUGGAGCAAAUAUAUUGGAUCUCUUAAAAGACUUUCUAACACACCAAGAUCCAAAUGUUCGUGCCAAAGCUUGCAGUGCUAUAGGCAAUAUGCAAAGCACAAAAUCAUCAGUCUGUUGGUUGAUAGGUGCUCGGAUGGGGUCGUUUGAUACUUGCCGACUGGCAUACCACAGUGAUGAAGAGCUGAGAAAAUGCAUACCUCAACUUGCAAAUUUGCUGAUGUCAGCAGAGGAGGACAAUAAAACUAAAGCAAACGCAUCUGGUGCUCUCAGUAAUCUUGUGCGCAAUUCCAACAAACUUUCUCAACAUAUUGUCUCUAAAGGAGCAAUGCAGGCAUUGCUGAAAUUGGUGUCGGACUGUUCUGUUGUUGCUCUUAACCCAACCAGGAGAGAUGCAAUUAAUGAGUCGCCUCUAAAAAUAGCUUUGUUUUCGUUAGCAAAGAUGUGUGCUCAUUCACCAUGUAGACAAUUCCUGCCUUCCUCCGAAUUGUACCCUGUCAUUGGACGACUCCGCCAAUCACCGGAAUCAAGCAUCGCCAGCUAUGCUUCUGUCAUUUUCAACAGAACCUCCUCUCAACCUUAA